AUGUCAGCCUGUGGAAGCCUGCAACACAUCUUUGAAAAUCCAUUGCCAGAAAACCAUAAACUUCUUGAACCCUUAUCAUGGAACCAAAUUAAACCACUCAAAUCCAUUGAUCACACCUCCUCCAUCACUGAGAUAUUUGGUGAGCUCCAUUUCAAGGAGAGUACUCCUGACCCAUCACCACCACCACCACCUUCAUUGACUCCCCGCGUUUGUUCUUCAUCAUUCACAGAGAUAGACGAUAACCAAACCCCAUCUUCUUAUUCAGUACCCUAUGUUUCAAGCACCACCCCAACAACAAACCAUGCAAAAAGUCACAAAAGUAGUGACAGCUUUUCAUCCUUGAAUUCUGAAAGCUUGCAGCUUUGCACCGAGGGUCUUGGUUUAGAAAGCUCAGAUGAUGUUGAAGAAUUGAAGAAUGGGAUGAAUGAGUGGUGGCAAAUUCAGAAUGAGGAAGAAGGUGCCAAAAACCAUUUACCUUCAUUAGAAGAUUCUCAUGGUGAAUGUAGGACUAAAUCAAGGGUCAAUGGGGUGGAGUACCCUCCUCCCAUUUCAUGCAUAGGGAGGAGUGGGAAGCCUUGGGUUAGCUUCAGGUGUUACAGGAAUGAUGGGAGGUUUGUCCUUAAAGAAAUAAGGAUACCCACCCAGGAAUUUUUGCAUGCUCAUAGAGAAGAUGGAAGAUUGAAGCUACACUUUGUUCAGCCUGAUGAAGAGUCUCCUGAGGAAGAAGAAGAAGAAGAAGAUGAUGUAGAUAGUAUAGACGAGGGAAAAGUAAAUGAUGAGAGUGUAAAAGAUCAAAUAAAUGAAGAAAAAAGAGAUUGA